UCUCUCUCACAUUCCAUAAUAGUGGUUGAAAAACAAAACCCUAAAAGGGGUUCUCUGCAGGAACAAUUCGCCGCCAGAUUGAUCUCUCUCUUAUAUUUACUUCUCUGUAAUUGCUUGUAAAUUCAAAUUGAACGACCAUGGCCGUUUUGUCCUAUACUUAAUUGUUCCGGUUUAAGGUUACUCAACGUUUGGUGAAAACUAGGAACUGAGCUUUCGUUGAUGGUCAAAGUGAAUAGCUGGGGAUUUUGAUAUUACAGUAUAGCGAAAAAGGAAUCAUGUUAUCUGAAUUGGGUAGGCGACCGGUGAUUGGAAACAACGAAAAUUCGUAUGGAGAUGAGUUUGAGAAGGAGUUAGGGUUGCUCCUCCGCGAGCAGAGGCGGCAGGAGGCGGAUGAUCAUGAGAAGGAGCUGAAUAUAUACCGGAGCGGAUCUGCUCCGCCUACUGUGGAGGGUUCGAUGAAUGCCGUCGGCGGUUUGUUUAACCAUGGAGGCGGCGGUGGAGGUGGUGGCAGCGGCAGUGGUGGAGUCGGCUCUGCUUUUGCUGAGUUUGCAAGAAAUAAGAGUGGUGGCAAUGGGUACUUGAAUGAGGACGAGCUUAGGUCUGAUCCGGCUUAUCUAUCUUACUAUUACUCGAACGUCAAUCUGAAUCCGAGGCUGCCCCCUCCUCUGUUGUCGAGAGAGGAUUGGCGUUAUGCUCAGAGGUUGCAAGGUGGGAGUUCUGCAAUUGGGGAUAGGAGGAAGGUGAAUAGGAACGACGGUGACAAUAGUGGGAGAUCACUGUUUGCAAUGCCUCCGGGUUUUAACUCGAAGAAGAUGGAGGGUGAGAAUGACAUGGACAAACUUCAGGGUUCUGUGGAGUGGGGUGGUGAUGGACUUAUUGGUUUGCCUGGUUUAGGACUAGGUGCCAAGCAGAAGAGUCUUGCUGAGAUAUUUCAGGAUGAUUUGAACCGUACCACUCCCGUUUCUGGACACCCUUCACGUCCAGCUAGCAGAAACGCUUUUGAUGAGAACACCACCGCUAUGGCUUUGGCUGAGGAUGAGCUGGCCAGUCUCCGCCGGGAAUUGACACCGUCAGAUCCAGUGCACUCCUCCGCCACUCAGCCUGCAUCAUAUUCUUAUGCCGCCGCUUUGGGUGCAUCCUUGUCAAGAAGCUCAACUCCUGAUCCUCAACGCAUUACAAGAGCUCCCAGUCCUUGCCCAACUCCAAUUGGGGGAGGCAGGGGGGCAGCAAAUUCAGAGAAAAGGAACAUAAACAGCCCCAGCUCCUUCAAUGUUGGUGUAGCUCCUCACCCGAAUGAAUCUGCUGCUGAUCUAGUUUCUUCUUUAUCAAGCAUGAACCUUUCAAAUGACAUCAUGGAUGACGAGAAACAUAUGUCGUCCCGCAUUGACUCUGAUGCUGAUGACCAUAAGAAUUAUCUUUUUAAUCUCCAAGGAGGCCAGACUAAUGCAAGGCAGCAAACUUACAUGAAUAAACACAUGUCUUCUGGGCCGUUUAAUGUGUCUUCUUCUGAUUCUGGUGGUGUUGUUGGGCAUGAUCACAGUAAUAAUAGUUCCUUUCAAGGUGAGCUGCAUCAUAUAAAUGGCGUUCCUUCUAAUAAUUCAUACAUGAAAGGAUCUUCUCCUAAUGCUUCGAUUAAUGUUGGGGGUGGUGUGCUUCCGCAGUAUCAGCAGCUUUUGGAUAGCCCCAACUCAUCGUUUUCGAAUUAUGGGUUAAGUGGCUAUCCUAUGAGUCCAAUAUCGGGUCAACUCGGUAACUCUAAUUUGCCACCUUUAUUUGAGAAUGCUGCUGCUGCAUCUGCUAUUGGAAUGGACCCUCGGAUGUUGGGGGCUUCAAAUUUUAGUGGUGCAGAUCAGAACCAUAAUAGACUAGGAAACCAGAUGUCUGGACACGCACCUUAUGUCGACCCUUUGUAUCUGCAAUACUUGAGGACAGCUGAGUAUGCUGCAGCCGCACAGGUGGCAGCUCUUAGUGACCCUUCUGUUGAUAGGAACUAUAUGGGCAAUUCUUACAUGGACCUGCUUCAGAAAGCGUACCUUGGGAAUUUGUUGUCACCACAGAAAUCACAGUAUGGUGUUCCUAUGGCUGGUAAGGGAGGUGGUGCCACUAGUCCUCAUGGUUACUAUGCUAAUCAUGCGUUUGGGAUUGGAUUAUCUUAUCCUGGAAGUCCGUUGGCAAAUCAAGUUUUGCCAAAUUCAGGUGGAGGGCCAGGUAGCCCUAUGAGGCAUGGUGAAUUUAAUAUGAGGUUUACGGGUGGGAUGAGAAAUGUAGCUGCUGGGAGUGUCGUUGGACCGUGGCACUUGGAUACCAUGGAUAAUAAUAGUUUUGCCUCUACUCUGCUGGAGGAGUUUAAGAGCAAUAAAACCAAGUGUUUUGAACUUCCUGAAAUUGCUGGUCAUGUUGUCGAGUUUAGUGCUGAUCAAUACGGAAGCCGGUUCAUCCAGCAAAAGCUCGAAACUGCCACAACAGAUGAGAAGAACAUGGUUUUCCAGGAAAUUUUUCCUCAAGCUCUGAAUUUAAUGACUGAUGUGUUUGGUAAUUAUGUGAUCCAAAAGUUUUUUGAACAUGGAAUGGCGUCCCAGAGAAGAGAGUUAGCUAGCAAACUAAUUGGACAUGUACUUACUCUAAGCCUCCAAAUGUAUGGUUGCAGGGUGAUACAAAAGGCAAUAGAAGUUGUGGAUGUGGAUCAGAAGAUCAACAUGGUGGGAGAGCUGGAUGGGCAUGUCAUGCGUUGUGUUCGUGAUCAAAACGGGAACCAUGUCAUUCAAAAGUGCAUCGAAUCCGUUCCUGAAGAUCAUAUUCAGUUUAUUGUGUCAACAUUUUUUGAUCAAGUUGUGACUCUAUCCACUCAUCCAUAUGGCUGUCGUGUGAUACAGAGGGUUCUGGAGUAUUGUAAGGAUGAAAACACUCAGAGCAAAGUGAUGGAAGAGAUUCUGGGAUCUGUAAGCAUGCUGGCACAGGAUCAGUAUGGGAAUUAUGUUGUUCAGCAUGUAUUGGAACAUGGAAAGCCACACGAGCGAACUACCAUAAUUCAAGAAUUGGCUGGAAAGAUAGUUCAGAUGAGCCAGCAGAAGUUCGCGUCUAACGUUGUUGAGAAAUGUUUAACUUUUGGUGAUCCAUCUGAGCGCCAGCUAUUGGUGAACGAGAUGCUUGGAACAACUGACGAAAAUGAGCCUCUACAGGCGAUGAUGAAAGAUCAAUUUGCAAACUACGUUGUACAGAAAGUACUGGAGACAUGCAGUGAUCAGGAGCGUGAACUGAUCAUGUCGAGAAUAAAGGUUCAUUUGAAUGCACUGAAGAAAUACACAUAUGGAAAGCACAUAGUAGCUCGUGUGGAGAAGCUAGUUGCAGCUGGUGAAAGGAGAAUUGCUGCGCAGAACUCACAUCCCCGUGUAGAUGUGAUGUAGGAAGGAAAAGAAAGAAGUUGUACAGCUAACCGAGGCUAGUUUGGGCUACCUCUCUUUGUUUUCUUUCUUUCAAGUGGUGGUGCUGUUAUCGUACACAUAUCUUGUUUCACUGAGGGAUUAGAUGUGAGCUGAUUGCAAAUAAAGUCGUUGCCUGUAUUAAAAAAAAACUGUACAUUGUGUAGUGUUACGUUUAUAUACAUAGAGAGAGAGAGAGAGAGGAGUCUAGUAAGCUGUGAAGAGACUCAAGAGGCUGAACGUUGGCUGAUGAAGAUGGUGCAGAGGAGAGAGAAAGCAAAUGCUGAGAGGGUGUAAUAUAAAAAAGGUGAGGUAGUUUAUAUGAUGCCGAGUGACUGUACAAAAUGAUGCACAUGUCGAGAGUUGGUUUUCUAGGUAUGUGGCUUGAGGGUUCUUGUGUAUGCUUAUAUAACAAUGUUCUUUCUUGCCCUAAUAUAUGUGCAGUUCUUUUAACUUUUCUCA